ACACAGAGAGAGAGACACACAGAGAGAGAGAGAGAGACUGGCGGUUGUAUACGUCACCGUGAGCCGGGAGGAUUCCCGCCCCACCACAACCUGUGUCGUGUCUUCCACAUACCGACAGUGUUGCUCUCUCUCUCUCUCUCUCUCUCUCUCUCUCUCUCUCUCCCUCCGCUCCAUCGCAGCCUGCAGCUGAUCCAGUUUUCGGGUUUGAGUCAGAGGACUGCACAGACAGGCUCGCGGUGCCGGAGAGAGAAAAUAUCAAUAAUAAAGUGAAUGACACGCGAGAGUCACCAUCAUCUGCCCGUGUGAGCCUGCAUGGGUGAGCCUGACUGAAUCAUGUGUUUUGCAGCGCUCAUGCUGAACGAUUUAGAUACGGACUUCCGCCCCCUCGGUUUCACUUCUGCCUCGACCGAGUGGCGGUGAGGAGGCUGUCCGGGAGAAGAAGAGCCCGGCACGCACACAGAGGAGCUCUCAGACGCCGCUGACCCCCUGCUGGAUCAACGAGUUGGUGUGACCGAAAAUAAGCCUCCUUUUCUGAUCUGGACUCUCUCUCUCUCUCUCUCUCUCUCUCUCUCUCUCUCUCUCUCUCUCUCUCUCUCUCUCUCUCUCUCUGUGUCUCGGACGCGGCUGGGAUCGAAGGACGGGCUCUGACAGGGUGAUUCCUGGAGGCGGAUCUUCGUUCCUCCUCAUCCCUCCGUGCUGUGCUCGCUAUGCUGAAGGGACUACAGCUGAUGUUUGGCCGCUCCGUGUGGAAGAAGUACAGACGCUGUUUUGUCUCGUAGCCCCUCUCUCACUCCGACGGACCGGACUAGGACUAUGGCACUUUAGAGAGGCGCUGCUGUGGGUACGGAACCUGCCUACGUCUCUUUUCCUACAUAUCAGGAAGGGGCUGGUGUGUGUGUGUCCCUCCUCGGCUGGGAGUGAUGUUGGGGAUUCCUCCUCGACAGUUGGCACUUUUUUUCGUCGUCUUUGGAAGUUAACUUGGUGAGCAGCGGCUCUCAAGCCACCCGGCUCCGUGCAGCUCGAGUCGUGUGUACUACGAUUUGGGACGGAGUUUAGGUUUUAAAUGGUCUUCUGAUGUCCCGGACAUUGGAGACAGGUGUCCGAAAACUCAGAUCAGAUAUAUUUUUGUAGUCAGAACAAAUUCCCGUCGGCCUGCUGUCUCCCUCUUUUUACGCGAACAUAUCGAGUGGUUUUCUGAACACGGUGCGUUUUCUAACUCUUCUGUGUGGCGUUGCUUUCUGGUGAUUCGACACGUUCACGCCGGCGUUUCUGUGCGGCCACGUUAGCAUUUGCACCAGAAAUUCAGCGCCACUCAUAUUUUUCCCUCUGUUUGUCCUCCUCCUCCUCCCCUGCCGUGGGAGGAACUGAAAGCUUUGGCCCACAAUGAGUUACUCUGGGCUGGCUGUGCUGCUGCGCGGCCUUCUCCUGGCUGUCCUGCUGGGACUGGAGCUGACCACCUCUGGGGCUUUGGACUCUGCCGCUGUCUCACCAGCCACAGACCCUUGUCUGACGGUGAUUCCUCCCUGCAUGAACGAAGCGGACCGUUUCAGCCUCGAGGCACUGCGGCACAUUCACAAGCAGCUGGAUGAUGACAACGAUGGUGGCAUCGAAGUGAAUGAGAGUGUGGAGUUCAUCAUAGAGGACAUGAAGCAGCAGCAGACAAACAAACACAGCAACCUACACCGAGAGGACCAGCACAUCACUGUGGAGGAGCUGUGGAAAGGCUGGAAAACAUCUGAAGUCCAUAACUGGACAAUGGAUGAUGCAGUACAGUGGCUGAAGGAAUCCGUAGAGCUUCCGCAGUAUGAGACAAACUUCAGAGAGUUCAGGGUUGAUGGCAAUACGCUACCUCGAAUUGCAGCUAAUGAACCGUCGUUUAUGUCGUCGCAAUUAAAGAUAUUAGAUCAACGACAUAAACAGAAAUUAAAUCUAAAAGCGCUGGAUGCUGUGCUCUUUGGACCGCCACUACGACCGCAGCAUAACUGGCUGAAGGACUUUGUCCUGAUGGUGUCUAUCAUCAUUGGUGUGGGAGGAUGCUGGUUUGCCUACGUGCAGAAUAAAUCCUCCAAAGUCCACAUCUCUCAAAUGAUGAAGGACCUGGAGAGUCUUCAGAGUGCUGAACAGAGCCUGAUGGAGCUGCAGAGCAGACUGGAGAAGGCGCAAGAGGAGAACCGCACGGUUGCAGUUGAGAAGCAGAACCUGGAGCAAAAGAUGCGAGAUGAGAUUAAUGGGGCAAAGAAAGAAGCUCACAGACUGCGAGAGCUGCGGGAGGGAGCGGAGUGUGAACUCAGUCGGUUGAAAUAUGCUGAGGAGGAACUGGUGCAGGUGCGUAUGGCUUUAAAGCGAGCAGAGAAGGAGUUGCAGUCGGAGUGGUCAGUGCCCGAAGCUUUACAGAUGUGGCUGCAGCUCACGCACGAGGUGGAGGUCCAGUACUACAACAUUAAAAAGCAGAACGCUGAGCUACAGCUCACCAUCGCCAAAGAAGAGGCAGAAAAGAUAAAAAAGAAGCGAGGUUCUGUCCUCGGUACGCUCCAUGUAGCUCACAGUUCAUCGCUGGAUGAGGUUGACCAUAAAAUACUUGAAGCCAAAAAGGCCUUGUCGGAGGUGACGGCGUGUCUGCGCGAGCGUCUACACCGCUGGCAGCAGAUUGAGAAGCUGUGUGGUUUCCCUGUAGUGCAGAACUCAGGCCUUCCCAGCCUGACCGCCUCUCUGUACUCAGACCACAGCUGGGUGGUGAUGCCCCGCGUCUCCCUUCCCCCCUACCCCAUCGCAGGAGGAGUGGAUGAUCUGGACGAGGACACACCACCCAUUGUCACACAGUUCAACUCCCCAAUGAUCCGUCCAUCUCUGACACGCAGCAGCAGUCUGUGCCGCUCUAGACGGAGCCUCCUGUCCCAGCAGCCCUCACUGCUCUCGCCCGACCCCGACCUGCUCUCCAUGGCCUCUGCGCCAGGUGUCUAUAGAUCAGAGGCAGACGAUGAACACAUCUUCUUUACUGCGGACAGAAAAGGAGACUCUCAGGACACGUGUUCAGACUCGGACUCGCUCAGUUCUUCUCUAGGCAGGAAGCAGAUCCCCAGCCCUGGCACUCUGGGAGCAGAUACACCACCGCGCAAAAUCUCUCGUGAGGAGCUCCUCCUGUUGGCCCAGGAGGCGCAGGCCGUCACCUCGGACAUCUCACCUCCACCCAGCUCCUCUUCCGCUGACUCCAUCUCUGUCCGCAAGGGCUCCCCUGACCUAACUCGCUCCUCUGCUAUCCCUGAAUCCCAGAGUUUGACCUUUCAUCCCGGCACCAAGACAGCAGCCUAUAACGGCAUGCUGGAGAAGUCUUACAGCCUGGGCCAGUUGCCUGCUGGCGGGACACCCCCAGAGGGACGUUACCCCUCAAUAAGCUCUCUAGACACGAAGGAGAAGGCCAGCAAGCAGGCCAAACACCUCCACUCUCCCUCCUCUCCGGACUCUGACAACGGUGAGAAGAAGCGCACCAAGAUCAAGAACAUAUUCAAGAAGAGCAAAAAGCUGUGAAGGGAAAAGGAGAGAGAAAAAAUAAGGGAAAAAGAAGAGGGAGACAUGAAAAGCCUUAAAACGAAUUUAAACAGUGUAACGGAUUGUCAACCAGAAGCCAAAAUGUUCUGUCCUGUUUUUUUUUUUUCUUUUUCUUUUUCUUUUUUAAAUUUUUAUUAAAAUGGAAUGUAGCUCCGUCUAGGUGCUAUCCUGGGUUGGAUAUGAUGCCUUUUUUUUAGUUCGCUCAAAGCCUGGCAUGUUAUCAUCAUUCAAAAGUCCAGAAUGGUCAAAGGUUAAGAGUCAUAUUUGUCAUUUUAACAAACAUGCCCACUUCACCUGGGAAGAAAAGGUUGUUCACUUCUUGCUACGUUGUGCUUUCAAAGUUGACUCUCAUAGUGAAGCACCCAAACAGAUAUAUAAUAUUCUACUUCAGUCAAACUCAUCUUCUUGAAUCUACUGUAGAUCUACUGUAAAACAGUAGUUGUCCAAACAUACGGUACUGUGCAAAAGUUUUGAAAAUGAUAUGCAAAAAGCUAUUUGUCUGGACCGGGAGUGUUUAUUUGCUGAUGAAAGCAUUAAUAUUAGAAUAAGUUCAAAUAAUAUUAUAAUAAAUAAAGAUGUUAUGCAUGUCGGUUUGCUUGCUUAACUAUUUCCAAAUCUCUCCUUGUGGUGUCCCAGUGUAAAUCGUAAUCAUCAUCCAAUACCUGGCUUCUUUAAAAACUGAAAAAAAAACCUGCAUUAAUUUAUUUUUCAAAUUCAUGGUAAUGUUAUAUGGUGUUUUUACAAGCAAAUACAGACUACCUCCUUGGCCUGGGCGAAAGGGGGAUAUGGUGACAGGUUAUUACCCAGUAGCAGCUAGCUCUAGACCUGGUACUUUUAGAAAUAGAGAAAGUUCCUCUGAUCCUAGUUCCUCGCCAGAAAACAAGAUCAGAAAAAGUAUCAAAUAAUAUUAAAUAAUACAUAUGUACACAAUAUUUUAUUCACUUUUACUGUUAAAACACUGUUAUUAUUGGACUUUAUAAAGCUGUUAGGCUGCAGUAGAGUAAAUCCCUUAUUGUCUGAGCUGUGAGUUUCCCAGAAUGUGAUUUGUCAUCUGAGGAAAUUCCACUAUGCUCUGUACAGCUAAAGUGUCCUGGUGGUUUAGAUCAGUUAAAUUCUGAAAAUUCUGAAAAUAAAUGACCAGAUGGCUUUUCAAAGGCAUCUUUAGCUGAAUUCCUGAGUGUCCCAGCUAUAAUGAAGGAAAACGCUCGAUGGCAUGGCUUUGAACAUUACUCAUUUAAAAGUUGCCGUCUGAAGUUUCUCCAGUGAGAGGCGCUAUGAGCAUGCAAAUCAACAUUAACGUACACCAAAAAGAGUCUAAUGAAUCUACACCAGAAGGAAAGACAUAACGGCUCCAUAAUGAAACAUGAAUGCGAUCUAUUAAAUCAGGUGCAAAAGAUGUUGGAUUACUCAGUAUUACCUUAUAAACCGAGAAUAGAAAGUAGGUCUAAGCUGCAUCAGGGGUGGCCAUAUAGUCAGUAAUCAGUUUUUUUUUAAACUAGAAAAUAUCUUGCUAAUUAUGUUAGGGUUUCGCCCAGGCCUACCUACUACCCAGAUAAUGAUUUGAAACUUUUUGCUGAGGUGUCUAAACCUUUUGCACAGUACUGUUUGUGGUUUGUGGAACUUUUAAAAGUUUCCUUCUUUGAAAAAUGUUCAGUGUAAGUUUACAGUGCUGUAGUGUGAGCAAAGCUGUUUGUGUCAGUAAUAAACAAAUAAAAGUAACACAGUUUAUAAAAUGUACACAUACCAUCCACUUUAUUAGAAAUCCUUACUUUGUACUUUCUUUUGACUGGACACUAUUAGAUCUGUAUAGGUGUAGGUGUACUAUUACAGAUUGUAGCCCAGCUGUUUUCAAGCACAAUAUGUUGGCUGCUGUCUGCCCCAUUCGUCAUUGUUUCUGACCACAACAGUGUUGCUGCUGGGUUGAGAGUGGUCUGUUAACUCUGACAGUAGUGGUCUUGCACUCAGAAACUAAACAUUAGUAAGGUGAACCUACAUAGUGUUCCAGCAGGUGAAAGUGAAUAUUUGCCAAUGACACCACUGUACCUGAUUCCCCUGUUUGGUGGCCUUUACCUGCACCCCACCCAUUUAGUUGUUUCAUUUGUCUUUGAGGUCAUAAUGAGCUAUGAGUCAUUACACCCUGUUUGGUGUCAGUGUAAACCAUGUAGUAAAGAAGUGAUCAGAUUGGCUCUGGUGUUCUGGAGUUGAAACCAACAAGCCUCUUAAUCUGAAAACAGGGUUGAAUGUGGGCUUUCAGCUUUGUCACUUCCUGUUUACUGAUACCGCAGAACUCCUGUACUUGACUAAGUUCCUUGAAGUUACAAAGAAAAAAGGAAAAACUGAGGUAGCACUUUGUCAAGCAGAGUUAUAACAUCUGAUUAACACAGUCAUGAGCAUGACGGAGCACUUUGUUUCUAUUUAUCUGGUUAAAGAAGUAAUAAAGUAAAGAUCCUUUCGACUGUGAGCGGCCGUCAUAUUUUUUAAUAAAGAGAUUACAGCUUUACUGCAAAGUGCAUCACAGAAAUGUUUGGAGAACUGAAUCUAUACUACCUGAGAGUGACUGUGUUUUGUGGACAUCCUGACUGCUGAAAUGAAAGUGCUACCAAAACAAAAAAAAAAAAAGAAAUUCUGCUAGAUUGUUGCACUACUGCUUUC